ACUCCCAGUGAUAUUCCAGACUUGCUCCAGUAUAAUGAUCUAGCCAACAUUAUCCUUUACCAAAUAAUGCAUGUCAAGCAUUGCUUCCUUCUGAUAUGAUCCUUAACUUCAAUUUUAUUUCUGCCUAUCGCUUCGCUGCCUUAAAACUUGAACCAUCCCUCCAUUCUAUUAUCAAAUCUCUAUAACUCGCAUAAAUCAUGCAAAUUUUGCCCUCCACAUUUCAUCUUCAAACAUUUCGUUCCAUAAUAAAUACUCACCUUCUUCCGCCUAAAAAUCUAAAAUUUCAACCAUUCAAUAGAAGCUUCAGAAACAAAUCGUCACCGUCCAUCCGAUGCUGCAGCAGAAAAGACUUAGGUGACAGAGAAGAGGUUAGUCAGAAAAUUCAUAAUAAGAAGAGAAACAGAGCUGAGACAGAACCGGAAUUAUUAGUUGGUGAUGAAAUUCCAAAUAUUAGUUUCAGAUUACCUGCCUUGCUUAUUCUCUCAGGAAAAGAGCAUAUUUAUGGAAUGAUAUGUCAUUUCGUUACGUUACUUAAGAAGCAUUUAGAGUUUGUUGUAAGACCUGCCGCUGAUGGUGGAGCAGAUUUUGGCUUAAGAUGGCAGAUAGAAUGGAAGGAUAAAGACUUGCAUUUGGGGCAUGGUUGUACGCUGGAUUCUUCACAUGUGUAUAAUGGAAGGAUAUUUCUAAGGAAUGGCAAAUCUUUAAUUGAUCCUUUAUUGAAGUGGAAGCCAGCCAAUUUGGUAGGCAAGGAGAGCAUGGUGAUCCUUUUUAUGAAAAUGUUUGAUAAGUCGGCAAAGCAGAUAUUUCCUUGGGACAAAACAAUGCUUCUUGGCCUCUCUUAUUUGUUAUGUUGGUUGAUAUUCAUGGCUGUAAUUUUCAUGUUAAAUAACCCAUUUACCUAAUGAACAAUCCCUGUAACUGAAAUUAGUACAACAUAUUUUACCAAAAAGAAAUAUCUAAUUGUCUUAAACUUUAUAUAACACCUACUUAACGCCUUGGAACGUGUAUAUGUAAAAUAUGACAACACAAAUCUUGAGGCAGAUGAAUGGUUUGGAAGUAAGAUACCGAACUUAACGGUUGAUGACCAUUCGAGAGAGAGAUUGAUGAAGAAGUUAUCUGGUUCAAGCG